AUGGGCAAUGCACAGUCUACCGAGUCGCUUCAUGAUUCACAUGUGCAAGGCGGCAGCAGCAGCAAAAAAUCACCUCACAAACUGUCGAAACCUAGAGUCGGCAACCAUGCCUCUCCAACUCCCCAAUUACCAACCCCCAGCCAACUAAGCAUACAUCGUGCUGCAUCCGCUAGCCUGCCACCUUCUCGAUCGAAUUCGCGACUUUUACCUCAGCAAACCUCGCCUGCACCGUCACCAAUUUCGGCACCCAGCGGAUCCCAGUUUGGUGCAAUAGGCCGAGCACCCAGCACUUCUUCCAUGGCGGAACCAGAGGUCAAGCCUGCCAGGGAUUGGAAGCGCAGAGCGAGCUUGUUCCGAUCCAAAAGCUCUCUAGAGCCGAGGAAACAGAACCGGAGAGAGAGCAUGUUGCUGAGCCCGCCUGUUCCAGACAGAAUGUCGAGGGCAAACUCAAUGACCUGGGAGAGCCAGCAAGAAAUGGACACUUCCAGGCAAUUGCAGGUUGAAAGUUGGCAUGUUCCCGGAAAUCGCCAGUCGAUCAAUUACAAUCUCAUGUCAUACGAGUCGAGGAGACUACUCAAUCUCAACGAAGAUAUUACCGCAUGCGAAGAGAACUCCAUGGUAUCUGAGAGCAAGUUCGAAGUGUCACCGAAUACUUGGAAAAGUUCACAUCCGCACCAACCAUCCGUUGCGCAAUCUUUUAGCACACAGCUACCCCGAGCCAACUCGGACCUGGCAUUAUAUGCACCCGUACGACGACGUUCCAUGAUCCAAACCCCAGGUCUAGCGACCCGAAUGCCCUCAGAAUACCCUUCGUCUAGACGGUCGAGCGUGCGACACAGUAUGCCUACCACGCCAGCGGGAGGGCGAUCGCGAAUGAACUCGUUGUCAAUUGACUCGAGCGCAUAUCCGAUCCCGACGUUGGAAGAAUACGUCGCUGAGAGAUUCGCCUCGGAGCCCGAGUAUCUGUGCGAACCAGUGGUAGAGCCUGUCGAAAGGGCCUUAACCCCAUCUGACAUGGACUACCGGCCGCUUGGGGCCAUGAAGUUUGGCUCGCUGCGAAUUACGAAUGGAGAAGCCAGCCCUCUUCCAAGCCCUGACUUUGAACCAGCGUUUCAACCCGGUAUGAUGGAACAGUCUCAGAUGGUUGCUAUUGAGGAGUAUUUCAGUCACGAGAACGGGUCGGGCGGGGUGGGCUUUGAGAGCAAGGACAUCGAAAUCACAGUUUCGGCGGUGCAGUCCAGUGUUAUUUCGCAGACGCUCAGUCCGAUCAAGACUUCGGUCCCGAGGGCGGAAUCGCAGAGGCGUCGGUCAACUUCGCCGCCCAGUCCAGAGUUGAAAAUAUCAUCCAAACACACAGCCAUGGAAGACGACCUUUUUGCGGAAGAAGAUGAAGACGUGCAAAUGGAGUACUCGGCCGAGGUUCUGACGGUCAGAAAUGACCCGAAUGCGAAGCCAAGCCUCGAGCGACUGAAAGCGGACCAGUCUCAGAAACAUUCCAGAGCAAUUCUUCGCGCCGAUAGUGGAGUCGUUGCUAGCCCGACCACCGAGCACCAGCCCAAACCGCUCUCCAAGGCUGAUUCCGGCUACAGCUCCAAUGUCUCCCUGAGGUCCUUCCAUGUCAAGCAGCGUUCUGCAGGCAGCCGUCCAACUGGCCGUACCGCGUCGGAGGAUUCGGCCGAUGAGCUGUCAGACUCUAUUGCAUCCCCGAUUGCGGCUGUCAGCAGCGACAGCCAGCAAGUCAGUCCUAUUAAGGCUGGCAACCGCACUGUCGAUCCUUCACAAGCUCGCCCCUCCGUUACUACGCCUAUGUCUCCGAAAGACUAUUUUUUGGCCUCUCCGACUAGCAAUACAAUGAUGAUUACAUCGCCCAAGUUUUUCUUCAACCUCAGCGCCGGUCAUUCGUUCCGCAAGGAUCGAACGCCGCCGGCGUCAAAUAGCAGCGCCCAGGCGGCCGAAAAAGGACCCGCUUCUCCGGAGGUCAUUGGAUCCCCCGGUGCCAGUUCCGAAAAGCCUCAUUCUUCUUUAAGCAUCGGUAGUGGCUUGCAGAAAGCUGGCAAGCUGCAAAGAUUCCUCAGCGGCUCUGGAAUGCGAGGGCCCCCGGCUGUUCACGCAACUCAUCCUUCUGAUGAAGAGAUUCCCUCGGUACCUCAAGAUGUUCAGUCAAAGCUCGAGGAACAUUCUGGGCGGUUUCCUAUCACAACCAAGCGAUUGACACUGCGUGCGCAGGCCAGCAAGGAGACUCUCAAGACCAUUUUCAGUGUAGGAAGUUUCGAUGCUACCCAUGCCUCGGACAAGCGCGGCUCUGUGCUCCUAGCCGACACAACCCAGGUUGCGAGGGAAACGAUUGUAGAGACACCUGGACCUUCCGAGAAGCCCAAGUCACCCUACCGCCGCUCUUUCCAGACCAUGCCGGCCUCAUUCCCACAGGCCGCCGCUUCUGUCAUGCCGCGGCGCCCUAUCCACCGCAAGCCAGUACCUUCCAGCGGCGUGGGCAAGGCUGAGCUCGUUGGUGAGUCGAGAGCCGAUGAGAUCCAGGUCGGGUUCGAGUCAAGCAUCACGGCCAUUGACAAUGUCGGUGGGAGCGUCGGCAAGAGUGCUUUCGAUCAAGCUUUCAUGGCGCUCCCUCAUGAGCAGCCUGUUCAGGGCCAACAUAGCCGUACUUUGACAAUGCCGGCGCAGAUGGAGCGUGAGAUUGGCAUGCGUUUCCGUCCUACCGAGCCUUUGCCUCCGACAAGCCGCCAUUCCGACCCUGCUUCUCAGAACCUGCAGGUGUCCGAGAUGUCCGUGAAGAGGAAAACUUCACCACCAGUCAGUCUGCAUACCCGCAGCGGCACCAAGAGUCCCCGAAAACCAAUACCAGUGCGCCCCCAAUCAUCAUCAUCCAGCGAAGCGAAUCGGAGACAGAUUUUGUCGAGACAGAACAGCCGCGAGACCAUUCAUAGCUACCCAUCGACUUCGACAGGAGGCGCUUUCGACGCUCCUCUCUCUGUGCCGCCCAUCCCGCCAAUGAGCCCACGCAGGGGUAUGACGAUGCUUGAGCAGCAAUACGCCAGGCGCCGUUUGACAGUCGAGGACAAAUGGCGUCCUACCAAUGGCUCUUUUCCCGAAUUCGGCCACCCAGUCACGCGCAGCGCCUCUACCAACCCAACGGAACAUCAGCAGCAGCGACAACUUCGCCAUCGAUCAAGCUAUGAUAGCUACUCGCAGUACCGCGGACCUGUUGCACGCGGGCAUUCCGCCACCAGUCAGAACCCGAGCCAAAGCGGCAGCUACUACCAACAGCAACUCUUAAAUAUCCAGCAGCAACAAUGGGAACAGCAGCAGGAUUACCCUCCCAACGCCGUACAGCCGGGCCUCUCCAGAAGCCGGAGUCGGAGCCGCAGCGUCCACGCGAACGGCGACCAGCCCUAUCGAGUCCUUCACAGCUACAACUCGCCGGCGUACCGCAACGCUCCAAUCUGGGGUUGA